AUUAUUAGAGUUCCCUGUAAAAACCACUGCUGCAGCCUUCCUGAUGAUGUCUUCUGGUAAAGAGACCAAGAACAUUCUGCAAGGUUUUAUUGAGGACAGAGUUUUGAAGAGAAUGUGGCAGGUGUGGAAUGAUUAAGGAAAGUUUGAAUAGUUCUGAGGAGGUCUGGAACCUGUUUGAGGGGUUGUAAUAGUGCUGAGCUGGUCUGGAACAGUGUUGAGAGUUUUUAAUAGUUAUGAGGAGGACUUGAACCGUUUUGAGAAGUUGUAAUGGUUCUGAGGAGGUCUGAAACAGUUUUGAGAGGUUGUAAUAGUUCUGAAGAGGUCUGGAACCGUUUUGAGAGGUUGUAAUAGUUCUGAGGUGGUCUAGAACAGUUUUGACAGAUUUUAAUAGUUCUGAGGAGGUCUGCGACCGUUUUCGCAGGCGGUUGAGAGGUUUUAAUAGUUUGGAGGAGGUCUGGGAAAGUUUUGGGAGAGUAUUAGAUUGGUUGGAGGUUUUGAAUAGUUUAUAGGAGGUUUUGGAUAGUUUGGACGAGGUUUGGAACCGUUUUGGAGAGUUGUGAAUAGCUUGGAAAAUGUUUGGAACAGUUUUUUAAGAGUUUUGGGUAGUUUUGGGGAGGUUUGGAACCGUUUUGGAGAGUUUCUUGAGUUCCCAAAGUGAGUCCACGUUUCAAAGAAAAUAUUUGUGCAAAUUAAGUGUAUUUUUAUGAAUUAUUUUCGUUCUCAGAUUUACUCUGAUGUCAGUGAACAACAAAUCCUGAAAGCCAGUUUCGAUUGUUAUUGUUGUUGUUGGGGACCCUGAGGUGCCAUUGGAGCAGCACUUCUUGUGACUUUAAAGUACAGUUGUGAUCCUGGAAAGAAGAAGAUGGGCUUCGCUGAUCUACUGGAAGAGGUGGGCGGGUUCGGCAGGUACCAGUGGCUCCAUGUGACUCUGAUCAGUUUACCUGGUUUGUUGAUGGCAAGUCAGAACCUGUUGAACAACUUUGUCUCAGGAAUUCCCGAACACCACUGCAGCCUGUCAGCCAAUCACACGCUCUUCAACCUGUCUCAAUACCAGGUGGAGGAGAAACAGUUUAUCAAAGCUUUUAUCCCUAUGGACCCAUCAGGAAUGAGACUGGACCGCUGCAAGAGGUAUGUUGAGCCUCAGUGGCAGCUGUUAGUCCCGAACAACACGGCUAAUGUUAGCCAGCUACAGACAGAAGGAUGUUUAGACGGAUGGACAUUCGACAACUCAGAGUUCCACGCCACCACCGUCUCCGAGUGGGAGCUGGUGUGUUCGCUGCGUCCUCUAAAACAGAUGAUUCAGACCAUCUAUAUGGGUGGAGUUUUAGCAGGAGCCAUUGUUUUUGGAGGCCUUUCAGACAGGUUUGGGAGGCGGUCUGUCCUUAUUUGGUCGUACCUGCAACUGGGUAUUCUCGGUUGCAGCUCCGCCCUUUCCCCUACAUACUCCGCCUAUUGUGUGUUUAGGUUUUUGAGUGGAAUGGCGGUGUCUGGCAUCAUCCUGAAUGCAGUCUCACUGAAGGUGGAGUGGAUCCCAACAAAAGAGAGGACCUUAGUGGGCACGCUCACCUCCUUCUUUUUCACUUUUGGUCAGAUGAUCCUGGCAGGGCUUGCCUAUUGGCUGAGAGACUGGAGGAAGUUACAGCUGAUUGUCUGUGCCCCCAUGUUCCUGUUCUUCAGCUACAGCUGGUGGUACGUAGAGUCAGCUCGUUGGUUGGUUUUGAACCGUCGGUCUGAGGAGGCCUUAAAGAGUCUUCAUCGAGUCGCUCGAAUCAAUGGAAAACCAGAGGUUGUGGACAAAUUAACCCUGGAGGUUCUGCACUCUCACAUGAAUAAGGAGAUUCAGUCGAGUCAUUCGACGUUCACAGCAUACGAUCUACUGAGGACGAGAGGGAUGAGACGGAUCUCCAUCUGUCUGGUGGCUGUCUGGUUCUCCACCAGUUUUGCGUACUACGGUUUGGCAAUGGACCUCCAGAAGUUCAGGGGUGAUAUCUACCAGAUACAGAUCAUUUUUGGAGCUGUUGAUUUUCCUGCAAAACUGAUGGCUCUGGGCAUGCUCACUUACCUGGGGAGGAGGGUCUCUCAGGCCACCUGUCUCUUUCUGUCUGCUCUCAUCAUCUUUGCCAAUAUCUUCGUCCCCACAGAAAUGCAGACCAUGAGGACUGCGUUGGCGUGUCUCGGUAAAGGUUUCACCUCGGCCUCCUUCACCACCGUUUACCUGUACACCGGAGAGCUCUACCCCACCGUCAUCAGGCAGACAGGAAUGGGCUUUGUGUCCACCAUGGCGAGAGUUGGCAGCAUGGCCGCUCCUGCCGUACUCAUGGACUACAUUUCCCAGGUAUUCCCCUCUUUGCCCAAUGUGGUGUAUGGGGGGGCGGCAGUGUUGGCUGGCUGCUUCGCCUGUUUCCUGCCGGAGACGCUUAACAUGCCGCUGCCCUACACCAUCGAAGACGUAGAGGAGAGAUGGUGA